AUGGCUUCAGCUUCAGCCGAGGACUACAAGAAUAAAGGAAACGAGUCUUUUAAAAGCGGUCAAUUUACACAAGCAGCUGAACUGUACACUAAGGCGGAGAAGUUAUCUCCUGACGACCCUGUGUACCCUUCAAACCUAAGUGCAGCAUGUUACGAGGCUGGAGACUACACAGCAUGCGUUGGUGCCAUCGUUCGCUCAUGGAAGCUUCUGUCGGUUGGAUCUAGUCCUUCUCUGGCAUUGAGGCUGUCUGCACGCAUGUGCAAAGCGCUCAUCCAGGGUAUUCGUUGCGGGAGUGUAUGCAACGAGUAUUUUCGCGAGAAUGCACAGAUUUUGGCGCCGAUGGAAUAG